UCGGUACAUGACACUCCAAAUUGAACCGUUCGAGUCAUAACUUAUAAGCAGCGUUCGACCAUCCGGGUUCCAGCCGCAUCUAGGUUUUGGUAAUUAAUCGGUCGCUCCACGGAUUCAGUGGCUGUCGUACUUACCGCCAUUCGCCCUCAGUUGACGGAGUAUAUGAAUAUUGUCCUUCUUGUUUCUCAUAGUUGUGUGCCAACAAUGAGAAGUUGCCUAUUGUAGGUGAGGUAACACAUCACGGAGCUCGGGUUGCAUGAGUGCAGGUGUCACGCUGACCCAGCCGGUUGCCUCCAUACACACCGGUACAGUAGUGAUCUGUCCUAAUAGCAUAAUGCAUGCCAACAUCGAAAGAUAUGAUAGCUUCCUCUCAAGCCUGCGUGCACCACCGUCAAGCACAUGGACCGAAGCUCAGGAAUCCGUUUUGCUCGAGCCCUACACAUACAUCACUGCCAACACGGGGAAAAAGACCACAGAAAUGAUUGUCCAAGCCUUCAACCUCUGGCUUAAUGUUCCUAAAGACAAGCUUGCGGUCAUCAUCCGUGUUGUCGGUCUUUUCCAUAAUGCCGGUCUCUUGGUAGAUGACAUCGAAGACGGCUCUCAGCUGAGACGUGGGAUUAUAGUCGCGCAUAAAGUAUAUGGCAUUCCCCGUACCAUCAAUGCCGCCAAUUACGUCUACUUCCUAGCAUAUCAAGAGUUGUCCUCUCUGAGGCCCAAAGUGCAGCGUCGCGCUUGUGAUUCUAGUGCAGGUCCAGACAGUGGGCUCAGGGACGACAGUUCCACCGCCGAGAAACCCGAACGCCUCAUUUCCGUUCGCGACCUGGACCUUGUAAUGAAUGCCGAGCUCAUAUCAUCCCACCAUGGACAGGGAUUGGACAUCCUCUGGCGUGAUACCCUCCGCUGUCCCACAGAAGAUGAGUAUGUGCAGAUGGUAAAAGACAAAACAGGCAGUCAUCUGAGGGCUGCUGCCAAACUCAUGAUGGCAUGUGCUACGACGAACACGAAUGUUGACUAUGUCCCUUUGUCCAAUCUCAUUGGGAUUUAUUACCAAAUCCGCGAUGACUACAUGAAUCUCCAGAGCGACGAGUACACAGGCACAAAGGGGUUUGCAGAAGAUUUAUCUGAAGGAAAAUUCUCUUUCCCUGUUAUUCACAGCAUCUUCGAACAGCCUGAAAACCAACUGAUCAUGGAUGUCCUACACAAACGUCCCGAGACUCCUACCCUCAAGCAUCGCGCUAUCGAGUAUCUCAGAACCACCACCAAGUCGUUUGAUUACACCCUAGCAGUGCUUCAUAAGUUGGAGCAACAAGCCAGGGGAGAAGUUGAGAGACUGGGCGGAAACCCAAUAUUAUCUGCGCUUUUGGACAAGCUUCAUGUCGAUGCAUGAAACAUCAUGCCCUUCUUGUGUACUGUAUUGUCAUGGCUUACUGGCUAAGUCGAUCCUCGCGAGUGUCCUCAUCAUAUGUGCCCGUUACUGCCAGUGGUAGUAUGUACUAUUGAAAAACUCGGU